CGCCGGGCAACGCCGCCGCAUUUCCCGCGGCGCGCGAUCACGGCCGUUAACCCGCGCCACCCAGUGCGCGCGCGGGCGCGGCAUUCCUCGGCUCCAGGUCUCGUCGGGCCUCUCUCCCCAUCCCGCGCGCCGGAGAGAAACGAGGCCGGGAUGGCGUCGUCGGCGGACUCGUCGCCCACGAGAUGGGGCCCCAAGGAGCAGCGCAGCCUCUACCUCCGCUGGUUCUACCUCGCCGACGACGACGGCGACGGGCGGCUGACGGGGAGAGACGCGCUCAAGUUCUUCGCCAUGUCCAACCUCUCCAGGGAUGACCUCAAGCAGGUUUGGGCAAUUGCUGAUUCCAAACGUCAGGGUUACCUUGGAUUCUCGGAGUUUAUGACCGCUAUGCAGCUGGUUUCUCUGGCACAGGCAGGGCAAGAGAUCAGUCAAGACACCCUUUCACAUGCAGAUUUGGGUAGUUUGCAGCCUCCGACAAUGGAAGGUCUGGAUAAAAAACUAAAGAAAAAGAGUAAUGGAAAUAAGAGCGGCUCCGAUAUUGUUGCGUACCAUCCGGUUGAAUCACCUAUGUCAGCUAACUGGUUUAACUCGAAGUCGGGAAAGAAGAUCGCUUUGAAAUCAGUUACCUCGAUCAUCGAUGGACUAAAGAAAUCAUACAUUGAGAAGUUGAGGCCUCUAGAAAAGACCUAUCAAUAUAAUGACUUUGUUUCACCUUUGUUGACUAGCAGUGAUUUUGAUGCGAAGCCAAUGGUCAUGCUAUUGGGUCAAUACUCCACCGGAAAAACCACGUUCAUAAAGCAUUUACUAAAGACAAGUUAUCCAGGUGCCCAUAUUGGCCCAGAGCCUACAACUGAUAGAUUUGUUGUUAUUACUUCUGGUCCAGAUGAAAGAUGCAUUCCUGGGAACACAAUUGCUGUGCAGGCUGACAUGCCAUACAGUGGCCUGUCAUCGUUCGGAACGGCAUUUUUAUCGAAGUUUGAGUGUUCUCAGAUGCCUCAUCCAUUACUGGAUCAUAUUAGCUUCGUGGACACUCCUGGAGUUCUAUCAGGGGAGAAGCAGAGGACGCAGCGCAGCUAUGAUUUCACUGGAGUUACAUCAUGGUUCGCGGCCAAGUGCGACCUUAUCCUUCUCCUAUUUGACCCCCAUAAGCUCGACAUCAGCGACGAGUUCAAGCGUGUGAUCAUGUCACUACGUGGACACGACGACAAGAUACGGAUAGUCCUCAACAAGGCAGACCAAGUUGAUGCGCAGCAGCUGAUGAGAGUCUACGGCGCACUGCUAUGGUCGCUGGGCAAAGUUCUGAACACGCCAGAGGUCAUGCGUGUGUACAUAGGAUCGUUCAACGACAAGCCGAUCCGGGAGACGGCGGCCGGGCCGCUGGGCACGGAGCUGUUUGAGCGAGAACAGGAGGACCUGAUGUCCGACCUGAACGACAUCCCCAAGAAGGCCUGCGACCGCCGGAUCAACGAGUUUGUGAAGCGUGCUCGGUCGGCGAAGGUGCACGCCCACAUCAUCAGCCAUCUGAAGAAGGAGAUGCCGGCGCUGAUGGGGAAGGCCAAGGCGCAGCAGAAGCUGCUGGAGACCCUGGACGAGCAGUUCACCAAGGUUCAGAAGGAGAUGCACCUCCCCGCCGGCGACUUCCCAAGCGUGGAUGAGUACCGGGAGAUGCUGAGCGCCUACAACUUCGACCGGUUCGAGCGGCUGCGGCCCAAGAUGGUGCAAGGCGUGGACGACAUGCUCGCCUACGACAUCCCCGACCUCCUCAAGCAGUUCAGGAACCCCUACCAGUGAGCCAGCGACAGAUGAUGAGCUGAUGACUGGGAGACCCAAGGUAGAUUUGUGAUUUGUGGAUCCGUAACAAGAGAGGAGCUGCAUACCGGAACGUUCGGGACACCGGAACCUAUGGGGUUCAUUCACGGGCAACCAUACCAUGUCCUCUUUGUGGAAAUUUCCGUGAUGCGAAAGGGAAAAAAUGUCUGUUUUACACCCUGAAAUUGUAGAUUCUCACCGAAAUGAACCAUAAACUCCUAAUCUCUAA